CACAAGGGUAGGGUGAGAAAUCCAGAGAAGACAGCCAUGAAGAUGGCCUACCUUCUCCUGUUUCUCCAGUUGUUGGUGUCUCAUCACUUUACCUCUGCUGCUGUCGUAGUGCCGCAAGUAGGCAGAUCCGAACACAGCCGCAGUCUGUUGGACAGGUUAGUCGACAGCAUACUUACUGACAACGACGCCGAGCUCAACAACGCUCUCAGGGAUGUAAGAGCCGCCAAACGUGAAGCGAAAACACCAGCUGACACCGCUGUCCCCAUGGACGCUCAAGGGAUCGACAUCAACAAAGUCAUUGUAAAAAGGGCGGCCCCAGCUUUCCUGGCCUCGGCAGCGAGCCAGGUCGGCGAGAAGGUAGUGAACCAGCUUGGCGACAGGAUAGCAGAAGGCGUGGUUGAGGACCACAAAGAGAAAGUGGUCAACUCCCUCCAGGACUACUUCGGGAAGCAGCUGGACAGUUUCGACGAGCAGUACAAGGACGUUCUGGGGCAAACCAAUAACUUAGCUGCAGGCUUGAAUCAACCAGUUGAAGAGGCUGAUGUCCGGGUUCUCCCUAUCAGCAGGGGUGACAACCUGGGGAACACGUUUGUGCCCGCUGGCUAUGAAAUCAGCCACAAAUAUCACUAUGCGGAUGAAACGGAUGACGAGCAAGACAGUUCCACAGCCGCAGUUUCAGCCUACAGCUACCCGGUCGGACUGGGCCCCGUUCUUAUGAACGGUUGUUUCGGGACCGGUUACGUCAAUGGAGACCCGUGUUGGGAGGCCAAGAUCCCGAGGGAGAGUUGUCCUAACCUGAUAGACGGCGCGACGUUCCUGGGUGUGGGGUUCGACGGUAGAGGAGAAUACUCCGCAGAUUCCAGGAAGAGAAGCAUCGUACAACGGUCCUGCAACGGCCUGCAAACGUAUGAAGAUCACGAGGUUCCUGACACGAUGACAGUUCAAGGUGUUUAUGACACUGAUGUAGAGUCCAACACCUUUGCCUCUAUGGAGGGGUACAGGGAGUAUCUGGAGCAGAAAUCUGCCGUCACUUCUGCCAAGGCCAUGUUCCAACAGGAGCUGAACAAGGCAGCCGGGUACGGGGCAGGAGGCGGGAUCUUCGGGCUCGGCGGCUCGGCGGGAGGCGGGUUUUCUGACCAGAGUGCCCGGUCUGACCAGUCGUCCAACUUCGGAGCGGGGUCCCAGGCCGAGGGCCGGCUGACCGACAAGAAUACACAGACGUACAUGGCGCUGUUGGAAAUCAACGUCUUCAGGUACGAGAUCUUCAUGGACGAUGUAGAACCGGCCGACCUGAACCUGGCCUUCCUGCGGGACUUCCUCAAGCUGCCGGUGUCCUACUUCUCCAUCGGGGCUGACCAGCAGUUCCAAAACUUCAUCCUACGCUACGGAACACACUACAUUAGGUCGGCCAAGUUCGGAGGACAACUGAAGAUCAUCAAGACCAAGGAGGCCAGCUCAGACCUGUCCAUCCAGGCGUUCUCGGAGAGAGCCCAGACGGAGUGGAAGAAAGCCUUCAGCACCUUCUCUGCAGAGGCGAGUCAGACUAAGUCCAGCAGCUGGUGGCAUGAGCACGAGACCAGGAAGGAGUCCCAGCAAGCCGAGGGAGAGGCCAGCGCUGGUUCAGAGGGAACAGCCACACAGAGCCAGGCCGAGAAUUUGCAUUCGUUUGAGUUCAGUAACGAGAUGAUGGUGGUUCAGGGCGGUGAUCAGCGGAUCGCAGCAGCCAUCACAGAGAUGUACACCUCCUCACUGUCCACGGAGCUCAAAACAUGGCUGGAGUCAAUCAAGGACUACCCAAAGGCCUUCUCCUUCAUCAUGAAGCCGAUCACGUCAGUCCUGGACAUCAACUUCGACUCGCUGUUCCCACAAGGUGCCGUGGACUUCGGCUGUUUGGGAAAGAGUUCCCUGAAGGUUGAAAACGGAACAGGACGGAGAUAUUAUGUCCAGAAGACGACAAAGACCGUGGGAAACACAACUCAGGACAUCUCCGAGGUUCGCUACUGUGACUUCAACCGUGAGGAGGAACUAGCGGAGAAAGUGACCAAGAGGAGGUUGGCUCUUGGCCGUGCCAUCGCUGUUUACCUGGAAGAAGGUCCUCUCCUGAGUACAGACUUCCUCCUCCCAGCCGGAGAGCCUGGGUGUGAGACCGCCACCCUGGCGUACCUGGACGACAGUCACAGUGGCGCGCCGACCUGGGCCGAGCUGGUCAGCGGGGCGGAGUCCACCGUCAUCUUCGACAUGCCGUACGACAUCGCCAGCAUCCUGCAGGCCCGGGAGAUCCUCACGCUCAAGUUUCACGACAACAAGUGGUACUCUGUCAGGACUGGUAAUAUCCCGCAUCUGUACGACGGCUACAACAAUGGAAACAGCAACGAUGUCAACGGGAACAAGGUUAGUGUCCAGGGUCUGGUGCUGACCUACGACGGGGAAACAGGGAUUCUGACGGUGGGCGAUACCGACUUCGAAGCGUCCAAACAAGCCGUUCCCGGGCUUCCCGACUGGGUCAAAGGGCGGGCUGUAGCGAGGGUGGAGUACAAGUCACUGCUGAAACACCUGAGCAACCAGAAAACGGAGACGAAUGGAGACGCCCCUUGCAACAUCAAGUGGUCCAACGCCCACCGGAUCGACCCAACCGACGGAGGGAAGUGUAUCCACUUCACCGCCGCCUCAGAGGGAGACAUCUUCGUGGUGUUUGCCGGCAUCCCUCGCAACUACGAGACGUGGUUGUACAUACAAAUAUCGCCAGAGGGCGUGGCUCUAUACAAGGCCAUGCGAUUGGAAACAACACAGCUGGAGAAGGGCGCCAGUAGCCUGGGAUCGUCCAACCUGUACCAGUCGUACUUCGUCUGCGUGACAGAAGACACCGUGAGCGGGGCAACAUCAGUUCAGUACGGCAAGACGCCUGACAAUGAGGAACGGCCCCAUAUCUGGCUUGACUUCCGGUAUAACAGCAUCCUGUCUCUGCAUUAUUACGCGUUUGGCAGCGGUAUGUACCCGGUCAAGGUCAUGGGCGUGUCCCUGGUGGACCAACCAGCGCAGGACUUCAUCGUCUGCCGAGAGGGGACCGAAAAGCACGACGGGAGAUGCAAACAGCGGUGUCAUCAAGAAUGUGACGGUUGUCGAACGACUGGAUCCGACUCGCCGACAGACUGCAUCGCCUGCCGUCACUUCAGCGUAGCCUACCCGUACAUAGACGGAGGUCCCGGCUUUUCUAAAUGUGUGCCUGCCUGUCCAGAGCACAUGAAGCUACUGGCAGACACUAACAAGUGCAUUUGCAAAAUCAAAUUGGAGGGCAGCAGGGAAGGAGGCCUAGUGGCUUGUGUGGCCGUCUGUCCGCUCACUCACUAUCUUGUUGGAGGCGCCUGCAAAAAGUGCAAUAGCUUCUGCCAAGAUGUGAGCAGCCAAGGGACCCAAGUAUGUACGGGUCCCAACAGUAGCCAGUGUCACACCUGCAAGUACAGAGUGAAUGGUGUCUGUUCGGAAGGCUGCAGUCCUGGACAGAAGGCUGUUAAACAAAGGAAUUGCUGUGGAAGCAUCCUGCGGCAGGAGACAGAGCAGGUUGACCAGUCCACCGGCUACAGGGUUCCCGACGGCUGGACCAUGUGCUACAUCGACCAGCGCGAUACUGCCUACCACAACACCGAGUGCCGGGACCUGCUCCAGGGAAUUCCGCAGUACGGAGACGCCCAACAACUGCUCGCAGCCGGGGGGAACUUCGGGUGCUGGCACGGCCACACCGGCGCUUCUUACGGGCCGGCAUACGCAUCGAAUACCGUCAUUAAAUACAGCUGCCGAGACAACAUCCAGCAAACCGCCAAGAUGUUGCAAUGGGAUACGAGCAAAACAACGUUUGGUGUCUGUAUAAAGGGCAUCACAUGCGAUGAUCAUGACGGCACGUUCCGCUGUGACCAGUGCGCGCCAGGCAACAAGUGUGUGCGAGGGGACGAGUUGCAGGAGUACUGUCCGGUGGGAACCUACAGUAACCAGGACAGGACAGACUGUCCGCCGUGCCCGCCUGGUCAUUUCAGCAACGGUGGAUUGACUGCCUGCUUGAAGUGUCCAGCUGGCAUGAUCCCUAACGCUGCCGCUUCAGGUUGUCUACGUUGCCCUCCCGGUAUGACCAACAACUCGGGUGAUACCAGCUGUUCUUAGAAACCUUUAAAAUCUGGAUACAUUUAACAACUAUGUAGUAAACC